ACUUCUUGAUAACAUCCUGCACCAAUUCGACUGCAUCCCUCAUAUCCUUUUGCUCCCCUGAUGUCUACAACUAUGGGAAAAGCCACUCACGAGAUCGAUCCCGAUGCAGACACUGUACUUAUUUUGAAGAACCCGAGCACCAGAUUUGCGUGCUGGGGUCCGGAUGAGGUCGAGGAGGAUGCUACGGUGUCUGUCGAGACAUCAGACGGACAAGGCUUUUCCACAGUGACUUCGCCGCAAGCGGCUUUUCCCGCGAAGACAUCGUGCGAGGAAGAUGAGAUACGUUAUCGUGUUUCUUCGCGACAUCUGGCGUUGGUCUCUCCGGUAUUCAGAAGCAUGCUUUCUGGUCAGAACUGGAACGAGGGGGUCCGAAAUGAGGUCGAUGGUCUCUAUCAUGUUAUCACUGAGGACUGGGAUGCGGAAACACUGCUUAUUCUUCUCGAUGUCCUCCAUCACCGCAAUCGUCGAGUGCCACACACCGUAUCGCUGGAGAUGCUCGCCAAGUUGGUUGUUCUAAUCGACUACUACGAGUGUCCAGAAGCGCUAGAGUCGUUCACCGGAAGAUGGACUGAGCAUCUGAAAGCGACUUCUCCUGUUCCAUCGUACUUUUGCCGGGAUCUUAUGCUCUGGAUGUGUGUGGCUUCAGUAUUGAAGCUUCCGGAUGAGUUUGCUCAAACGACGACAGUUGCUAUCAGGCGAGAAGGCAAGGAGCUGUCAGCCUUAGGCCUUCCGAUCCUGAAAUGCGUUACUCGGAUCGAAGAAGACCGGAUGCAAGCAAUUGGCACUAUCUUUUCUCAACUGCAGGCUCUAGUUGAUGAAUACCGCAGCCAGUCAUAUACAUGUCCGACCGGCGACUCGUUCGAAUGCGGGUCUAUGCUAUUAGGCGCCUUGACCAAAGAAAUGGAACUGCAGGGGUUAUUUCCGGUUCCAACGGCGCCAUUUACCGGUUGGAGCAUUUCGGAACUCUACACUAAGAUACAGCGUAUUCGAUCUCCAUCAUGGAGCAGUUCAAGCAAAUCUAAGAAAAGCAGACACCGUUGCGAUCUUGGUGCAAGGGUAAUGGCGAUUGCUGAUCCAGUCACUCGUCUUGCCGACGGCCCUCGAUUGGAGGAUUUGGAAACGGGGUAGUCGAACAUCAGACGCAUCCAAUGAUUACCAACUCCACUUUGUACCUCUGUUUCCACAAACUUAAUUCAAACACGUCAUGCUCAUUGGUAGUUAAACACGUUGUUGCCUCCCCGAAUUCUUUUACAGCAUGACGCCACAGCAAGUCUCGAGCAACUCAUUGGGAGUGAGUAUGGCGUAGUUGAAUGACACAGAUAGU